CUAAUUUUGAGAAAUUUUCCAAAAGUUGUGAGCUGUCACUCUCGGCAGCCAUGUUAAUUUUUUUGGGGAUUUCUUGCGUGACUUUGGUGAUAUCCCCAUUUUUUUGACAAUUAUUUAACCUCACAAAACGUCGCAAAUGGGUAAACAUAAAGAGAAAUCAAAAAAACAUAAAAAAGACAAAAAACGGGAGUGGGCGCGCGAGUCGGGCUCUGACUCAUCUUCAGACGAAUGGGUUGAAAAAGACAAAUAUUCGUCUUCUGAGGACGAAACCAGUAAAAAUAAACCUAAAGAAAAAUCGUCAACUGAUCGAGAAGAAUGGAUGUCUUUGCCGUCCAGUUUUCUAACCGAAUCGCAUUUGGACAGGAGGCGAAAUCGGGAAGAAAACAAACGGUGGGAGAGGGAACGUGAGCAGUACAAUCCGAGAUCACACUCAAGAGAACUAAAUCCGUACUGGAAGGACGGCGGUGAUGGUUUACCGAAAUUUAAAAAACCGUCCGACGAACACAAUUUCUCGUAUAAAUCAACCAAUAGGCCACAGUCAUCUUCAAACUGGAAAAAGAAACCAUCAGAACAGCCCAAAGAACGUGAAACUAGCCCAGAAGCGCAAGAUCAGGGCGAAAUUUUAUCGGACAAAGAAUUAAACGCCCUCGCGGCUAAACUGGUAAAAGCCGAAAUAAUGGGCAAGACGGAACUGGUGAAGGAACUGAAAGCGAAACUUGAAGCUGCAAGGCAACGGAAAGACUCGUCUAAACCUACGGAAGAAGUUCUCUUGACUCAAACUGACUCUCAGGGUCACACGAGACCCGUGAGACAACAAGCCGAUUAUGAACCGUCAGGUAGCCGUAAAAGGAAACGCAAAGUUGAGACUCAUCAGGAUGGACAAAGAGUGCGUUAUUUCGCCGAUGAUGAUAAACAUUCCCUCCAACAAAUGUUUGAAAACGAGAAAUUUAAUUCAGUGGAAGACCAGAAUAGCGAGUUUAUGCGAAUGGCGAGCAAAGUCCGGAAAAACGACGAUUUGGAUGAAAUAUUUUCCGAUAACAUUCGGAAAAAAGAGGAUGGGGCUAAAACUGAUAGGAGGAAUCGUGACCGGGCGAUUAACGAGCAUCAAAGAGUGGCUCAAAGCAUAGAUAAUUGUAAAUUGUGUCUUCAGUCCGACUCCAUGGCCAAACAUUUGAUGGUUUCGUUAGGCGAGACGGCCUUUUUGAGUUUGCCUCCGUACGAGCCGGUGAACGAAGGCCACUGCUUGAUAGCCCCCAUAAGACACGUCACGUGUUCCACGCUACUUGACGAAAACGAAUGGAGCGACAUAAUGGACUUCCGAAAGGCUUUAACAAGGAUGUUUAGUGCGAAAAAUUUGGACGUUAUUUUUUUCGAAACGGCCAAAAAUCUGGAUAGGUAUCCCCACAUGUACAUUGAGUGUAUCCCCUUGGGUAAGGAAGAGGGCGACUUGGCCCCCAUCUAUUUCAAAAAAGCGAUAGACGAAUGCGAGGCCGAAUGGGCCCAAAAUAAAAAAUUGGUGUCUUUGAAAGGCAAAGACGUGCGCAGGGCUGUUCCAAAAGGCCUCCCGUAUUUUUUUGUUUCGUUUGGAAUGGAAGAAGGGUUUGCUCACGUUAUCGAGGAUCAGAAAACUUUCCCCAAUAAUUUUGCGCAAGAAGUCAUCGGCGGAAUGCUCGAUCUGCACCACAGUAAAUGGCGGAAACCUAAAUACCAAAGUUUUGACGAGCAAAGCAAACGCGUAGUGGAAUUUUCAAAGGAAUGGGGCGACUUUGAUUACACAAAAAAAUAAAAUCGCU